AUGGCGACGGCUCUUCAAGUUCAAAGUGCUCCUCCAUUCGCGACGCCGCUAGGCCCAAAGUCUAACCUUGCGCACGGACGUGUGUCCAAACUUGCCUCCUCUAAGCCUGAGCACCAGGAGCCAUUAAAACUUAGUGGCAUACUAGAUGAGCUGUACGAGUCGGAAGAAUCUACCCCUGCUAUUGGGCGUACCUAUCCGACCUUGCAACUGCGCGACUUGAUCUAUCACGAAAAGGCCGAUGAACUUAUUCGUGAACUUGCCAUUAUUAUUUCACGACGUGGCGUUGUGUUUUUCAAGAAUCAGGACAUCUCACCUGAAGAGCAGAAAUUCGUUACAGACCGUCUUGGUCGUCUGUCUGGCAAGCCCUCAUCCUCCAACCUGCAUGUCCACCCGGUGUACAACGCUUCUCGCAACACGAAGGACCAGGUCGUGGAUGGAAACGGGACCCGGAAUACCGAUAAUGAGAUCAGUGUAAUCUCUAGCAACAUUAACCGCGAUCUCGAAUUCACGUACAAGUCCGGCGCGGAUGAGUGGCAUACGGACAUUGCAUUUGAGAAUGUCCCCUCUGACUACACCUCUCUAAAGGUGCACACACAGCCGAAAACUGGUGGCGACACACUUUGGGCAAGCGGCUACGAGAUUUAUGAUCUCAUGUCGCCCACGUUCCGCAAGAUUGUCGAAAAUUUGAACGGCUACUUUUUUCCGCGUGAAUUUAUCGAGUCUACCAAGCGCCAUGGCUUUGAUUUGCAUGCUGGACCCCGUGGUUCGCCUGCCAAUGUCGGUACACACCUAAGUGCUGUGCACCCACUUGUUCGUACGAACCCGAUUACUGGAUGGAAAUCCGUAUAUGCCGUUGGCCAUCACUUUGAGAAUGUCGAAGGUCUCUCGGCUGUUGAAAGUGAUAUGAUUAAGGACUAUUUGCAGAAUCUGUUGAUCCGCAACCACCAUACACAAGUGCGCCACCGAUGGAGCAAGAAUGAUUUGGCAAUUUGGGAUAAUCGGUCCACGUUCCAUGCCGCAACUCCCGACUACUAUGCCCUUGGACCCCGCUCUGGAGUACGGGCUGUUUCUUGUGGCGAAAAGCCUUAUUUCGAUCGGAACAGUCACUCGCGGAAAGAACAGCUUGGCGAGGAUCAGCUGAUUUAA